UAUUAGAUUUCCAUAUCAAUAUCCAUAUCCUCUUGUCAGAAGAUGUGAAUCUUCGAAAAUAUUUUCUGCAGAUCUUCAUUUCGAAUUUGAAUCCAUAUCCAAUUUAUUUCUAAAAUCCCUUUCUGAAAAUAUCUUACUUCCAGCGUGUGUACAGAGCCUUCAGAUCCAAAUGGAAAAUCAAACAGAGGUGGAACCUCCGCUUCCAAUACCCGAGAGGGUGUUUGCAUUUGGUGAGGAACCCGUUGGUGUGCGGGUAACCCCUUACCACAAACCGUUUGCAAUCAAAAAGAUUCUUCGUGCUCUGGAAGAUGACGAGGUCGAAGUUCUACGGCGUUCUCCGUUCGGAAAGCUUGUGGAGAUUGCAGAGAAGCCAACAUUCUCUGGACGUUUUGGCAGAUAUAUUAUAUCCAGACAGUUGAAGGUCAAGAAGAAGCAUGAAGCAUGGUUCUUGUUUGCCGGGAACCCAAUCAGAUUUUCCCUGCAGGAGUUUGCGUUAGUGACCGGACUCAACUGUGGCCAGUACCCAGCGGAUGCGAAAAAAAAGGCUAAGAAACAUAUCAACGAGAAACCUUAUUGGUGUGAGCUUUUUGGUACUUUGAAAGAAGUACCUGUCAACUCGGUCAUAAGGAUGCUGAAGAAGAGAAGUGUUACCGGUAAAGAAACAAGGCUGAAAUAUGCCCUUCUUGCCCUGCUUGCGUCCGUCGUACUCCCCACAACUCACAACCCUCGGAUUUCACACGACCAUGCAGAGAAGAUUAAAGAUUUGGAGGGGUUCUUAGCAUUUCCAUGGGGCCGGCUAUCAUUUGAUUUGCUUAUGAGUAGUAUCAAGGAGAGGAACGAAGUUUCUUUGUCCCAGAAUACAAUUGCCCUUAAGGGGUUUGUAUUAGCUUUGCAGCUUGUAAUGAUAGAAGCUGUGCCUGCGCUUACGGAAGUUGUUCAUGAAGGAGGCUCUUCUGGAUCUGAAAGCGAAUCUGCAGAUGACGAAGACGUUCCGGAUGAAGAAAGAAAAGGGAAGCGAAGUAUUAGUCCUGGGCAUGCUCGUGAGACUGACUGUGCUGGGAAGGUAAUGUGGUAAUGUUUUUGAAACGGUGUGGUAAUAUUUGUAGAAGGAAAUUUAUUGAUUUGGUUUUUAAUACAGCAGGUAAGUGUACGUUCAAUCAUUUCUGUGGCCACCGACGACUGUAAUGGUCAGUCUGAGUUUGGAUGGUCUGACGAUGAAGAAGAUGUUCGUGUACAAAAUUUAGAAAACUUAAUUGCACUUGGUUUUCGAUUCACACAUACGUCUUUUACCGGGGGAGUUUCGAAAGCAGAUGUAGCAAUAAUGCGAGAAGAAACGAGGAGUGAAGCUGAGGUCCGGAAAGUAACAAAACAGAAAUCUAACCAAAGGAGUAGCGAUGUGGUGGAUGUGGAAUACAUUGCUAGCAGUGUAAAGGCUAGUGUAUCAGUUGAACUUAGUCGUAUAGAGGCAGAAAUGAAGAUAUUGUCAGACUCCUUUAGCACGUUUGAAACGCAUAUUGUUCCUAAUAUUCAAGACAUGUUGAACCAGUUUCGGGAUGAGAUAGUACGAAUGCUAUCUAAUCCACCCAUUGUAUCACCCGGCCGUAGCAUGCAAAACGUCCCAGAGACUGUACCUGUUACCUGUUGGAAUAACAACAAUUUGGGAGGAAGAAGCACAUUCCGUGGUUGUGCAGACAACAACGAUUGUCCGGCGGGUGUUGGCAUGGACACACCAACUCUACCAAUGGAAGUUUGUAUUAGUAGGGAGGAAGUUUCAAAAUCCAAAGAUUCAUGUGUCGUUGCUCAGCCCCCAACAGCGACCCAUGCAGAGGUUGACGCCUCACAUAUUAUAUUGAACGCAAUGCUUUUUGCGGAGAGUGG